UGGUUGACCAUGGCUGUAUCUGGGGUCCAUGAGAGUCCACCCAAUGCAAAAACAUGCCGAGUAUCCCCCACAACUGGGCACAUGAAAGCAGUUCCAAUCCCCCUCUAUCAGCUCCCCCAAGUGGAUAGCUUACAGUCUGUGGUCAACUUGGGAACAGCUGCUCUGACGACAACCGUGGACAGCGUCAACUUAUCUGUAGUGAUAAGUUCUCCUCUGCCAACUAAUAUCCAGAAAAAUUCCAUCCAGACACUCACGCUGAACCUCGUCAACACUUUACCAAUUCUGUCUCCUGGUUACUCUCCCAGCAUUGCCAGUGCCAACCUGGCCAAAUCGAAGAAUGUAGGUAAACAUGUGUGUUCGCAUUGUGGUCGAGAUUGCUUGAAGCCAAGCGUCUUGGAGAAGCACAUCCGCUCACACACUGGGGAAAGGCCGUUUCCAUGUACGACCUGUGGCAUUUCUUUUAAAACUCAGAGCAACUUGUAUAAGCACAGAAGAACUCAGACGCAUGUGAACAACACCAAACUAAGUUUAGACUCAGAUGUUGGCCGGUGUCUGGAGGACAACGUGACAUGUAGUCUUCAUGAGAAAAAAGAGGGGCAUGUUUGUAUAGAUACAGGACAAAGCACACAAUGUGAAAUGACAAACACCAGCUCUAAACAAGAAAACAAUUUAAAAGUCUUUAUAAGUGAAGACAUAUCUUCUCAAGCAAACAGUUUGCAACCUAGUCACGGGAGUUGUGGUAAGACACAAGGGGAGCAUGUCCCAGUGGCCAUUAUCUCUCCGACUGUACUCAACCAAAGGAGGAUGCUAAAAGACCAAAGGUCCCCCACUGCCGGCCGACAGAUUCAGUUGCAGCGACAGUACGAGACCUGCGUGGAGUAUACACCCUCCGAUCGCAAACUGAAGAAGUGUGAAAGCACCGACUCUGGAUACCUGUCACACUCAGACAGUGCUGAUCUACAAAUGUUUUCGGGGAGCCCCCUUCACAGCCUAAGCGAGUGCAGCAUUGAGUCUGAGCAUGUACUCAGCAGAAGCUCCCUGCACGUAACAAGUGAGGACUAUGAUGAUAAAUCAGUGACCGGGAAAAAAAGAUUGGAAGAGCAUAUAGCCAUGCUGAUAUCCCAAAAUCAAGCAGUGGUUGAAGACACGCACUUGGACAACGUUCGGCCACGGAAGACGGCUCUGUCCAAGCAGGGGAGCAUCGACCUUCCAAUGCCCUACACUUUCAAGGAUUCCUUUCAUUUUGAUAUCAGAUCACUGGACAUGAACAGGAAGAAGGUAUCUCUGUGUUCUGCCAAGUCGACAUUCGCUCCCAUGGAAAAAACAAGGCCCCUCUUUUUUCAUUCAGUGCCCACGCAGUUCUCGACGACCACAGAGCACAUGACAGUGACACGUUGUAACUCUUUGCCAUUUGCAGAGAACUGUAGGUUUACUCAAGAAAGGCAAACAUCGACAUCGCUCUCCCCAGUCAAACAGCCUUUGGACACAACUUUAGCAAAGGCUUCGGCGUUGACGUUGGAUCUUUCAAGCAGCCACCCACGAGGGCUCGUUAGACAGACCGCUGUGGAUGAGAUACCAACUAACCAUUUGUCUGAAGGUCAUAUUCCAGAGGAGAUGAAAAGCAAGAAGAAGCUAGCUGAUGAUCGGACCACAUCGAAGUGUAAAACUACUAGUAAGAGAGGUGGCCCUAAAAAGAUGUUUUCUCAUGAAAAGUGGCAAAUGUAUGGGGAUGAGACAUUCAAGAAACUUUAUCAAAAAAUGCAAAAAAAUGAGAAUGCCAGAAAGGCGAAGCAAGGGGUUGCGGAACAAAAGAUCUUGGGCAAGAACCAAAAACAUCCAACGGCAGUGGGUGGCACCGUGAAUUUCAGUGACAAUCGUCAUUCUUCUGUGAAAGUCUCACCAUUAAGUUCUCAAGAAACAGCUUCAGUUGAAAUCAGCCAAGAACCCAUCAAGAACAUGGAAACACAGACACAAAGUGAAAACCUCCAUGACUCUUCAGAUUGUAUCAAAAAAACUAGCACAAUGCGAUCUGGAAUUGAUUGUGAUGUUACCCAAAAGGAUGUGCAGGAGUGUGGCUUGGAAAUCAAACUCGCUACCAGCGUAUCAUCUAUACAGACUGAAUUUCCGCAAGCUCUUCUAACAGAUCAGGGCGGUGACAGUGACUUAAAACAUGUGGGCAUCAUUUCACCCGAGGUACAAAGCAAAGUCUCUUCUGUUUCAUAUACAGAUAAGAACACAGCGUCUUUCCGUAAGGAAUCCUUUAACAACUCUAAAAGAAUUUACUCGGAGAGGAAAAAGUUAAAGGUUACAGAGGUGAAAGACAUGUUUUCUGUGGUUAAUUCAGAGCACUUUGUAACAGAUAAUAAUGAUGGCAAUGACCAGGUGCUCUCUUAUAAAAGUUCUGUGGAUCCUUUGCAAAAAGAAGAGGUACAUUCUGAAAGUAUUGAAGAUGGGAGGUAUGGUCAUCAUGACAACAUGACACCCUUGUUAGGUGACCCACAACUGUUGAAGGAGAAUAAACCAAGCUCUUCUUCUCAGCCUAAUCUGAAAUAUAUCGCCUGGAGGUCUUUUGGUAGACUGUCAGCCAAGAACCAGAUUAUGGAAAAAGACACUCAACAGUCUACUGAGGUCUCACCAACAAUGGAAGAAAAUAUUUUUUCUCCAAGGUAUCUAAUAAAGCUACCCUGUGUUGGACAACCUGUUGAGGUAUCUCAGGAGAGUGACCACAAUCUGUCUUUCGAAGAGACUAUGGUCGGCUCUGUGAAUUCUGUACAUACUGAAGACGGUCCACCAUCCAUGUCUAUAUUCCCAUGUCAAGUAGAUCCACUGUAUACAUUGCCUUCAGAAGACAAUAUCAUCAUGAUGUAUCCCUGUGGCAUUAAUUCCCAUUCUCUGAAGGCCCGUCUGAGCCAACUGACUGUUUCUGUAAACCAAGGACAAGAAUUGACACCGGAUUACCAGAAAGGUAAUAACCACCAUGACACAUUGGACAAGACCCAAAGCACAAACAUGGAGCAGAAUGAAGUCCAAUUAGUAAAUUUUGAUCCUUCCUUUAGUAGAAGCUUUUUAAUAUCGUCUGAACUUCAUUGCCCAGAUGACAUAUUACAGCAGCCCAGAGGUAGUAACCAUAUGAUACAUUCAACGAUGACACAGAGCAUUAAUUCAGGAGAAAAAUAUGAAAUGGCAUCUAGAAGUGGUGACCAUGAGUUGAUCAGUCUGGUUACGGAACAUUCUCGGGAGAUAAGGUUACAUAGUGUAGACAAUCUGAAAUCCGACCAGGCUUCCAUGAGCCAACAAACCAAACUGACGGGCGCUCAGGGAAUGGAAAGCUUAAAAAACGCUACAAAGCCUCUGACUGUGGCCUCUGGAAAAUACAAUGGGCAAGCUUCCCAGGUCAGCUUCUCGCUUUUAAACACAGAAGCAUAUCCUACUUGGUGCUGGCUGAACAAAAGGGUCCCACUUCCAGCCGAGCAAAAAGAAAAGACCUUUUCAGUUUAUGCUUCUUUAACAAAGGAGACUUUGAAGGAGAAGAGUCUGAGAUCAAGAAUUCAUACGCCUUCUCAGGAAGAAACACUCAGUGUCACUUUGACCACAACUGGUAACGUGGAACCUCUUGUGUCCUCAAUUCCAUGGAGGUCACAAAAACACAAGGAAAAUGUUAGCACUGUUUUCCAGGAUCCUUGGGAGGGAGAAGUCCAGACGCCUCAUUCCACAAAGUAUUUGGCCCCAGAGCGGGUAAAAGAAAUGGAUGUUGCCAGCCGAUUUAGCAGUACGGAAGCCCAAAUGAAGAUGAAGGCCCAGAAAAGGUGUGAUGCGUUUCGCCAAGAAAUUUCCAACACUGGGGCUGAGAACAAACCGGCGGGGGUCGAAAUCCUUCACUAUAAAACAAUUUACCAAGUGACCAGCUGCGAUCAGGAUGACCAUUAUCGACCAUGCAAACCUCCCGAGUCAGGUACAGAAGAAGCUACCCUUGAGCAGACAAUGGCCAAGCAAAGUGCAGGAGACACGAGCCCUCAGGUCGUGGGUUCUGGGACAGUAAGACCCUUCUCAGUCAAAAUGGAAGAGGGUGGUUCCAGGGAUAAAAAAGAAGAUGAAAGGAUAAGUGAAGAUAUUGUAAUAAAAGCUUCAUUAUCGGCCUCUAUCCGUAAUGACCAGUCUGCUCGGAGUGACCGUCUGGUCAGAACAGAAACCAUUUCUGAGCUAGAAAAUCCGGAAUUCCUCCAGGAAGCUUCCUUUAACCUACAGAAAUCAACAUCUUAUACGCAGUCCAAGGAAAUAAAUCUUCCAGAACGUUCUUUAGACUCCCACGAUCUGCCCACCUCAGAUGUAAAACGCGUUUACCCAAAACAGGGCCUCAGAGACUCCCCGCCUCAGAAGCACAUACGGAGGGUACUGCAGAGGUCGAAAACCAUGGAAGCGGGGUUAAUUGACCAUACCUUCAGUGAUAGUUCUUUAUUUCAAACCGAACACAUUACAGUUAGGCCUACCCUUCCACGCUUGAACUCUUUGGCUACAACCGUAGCUCCCAUGGUCACACCGUGCUUGAAGCCUUUUACGGUACCUGCAUCACCUAUGGACACAUUGUGCUUGAAGCCCUUAUCUGUACCUCCACCAUCCAUGGUCACACCAUGUUUGGAGCCUUUAGGGAUAGUAACUACAUCUGUGGUGGCUCAGAGCAUGGACUACCUAGUGGUACCUACCACACCUAAGACUAUCCCAUGCUUGGACCCAUUACAGAUUCCUAAAGCAACCAUGGCCACACUAGGCUUGAAACCCUUUACUAAAACUACAGCACCCCUGGCCGCACCAUGUGCUAGAUCUUUUUCUGGACAUGAAGGACCUAUGACUACACCCUGUUUGGAGUCUUUGGGAAGAUCCGCAGGACCUGUGGCCACUUUGUGUCCAGAAGCCUUCAUUAAAACCACAACAUCAAUGACCACACAAAAUUUCCCCAUGACCAUUCCUAAAAAAGAUGUGGUCUCGGCUUGUCCAGAACCGGCAUCGAAACUCCAUACUGUUCCCGUGGAAGGAAUUGGCAGACCGACUUCCUCCGGCUCGCAUGAUCCACAAGGGGCUACAAUUUCACAGCAGACUUGCGUGCAUCCUCAGAGAUCUGCAAACUUACCCCAAAUGGGGCAUCCUCCAGCGCCCAACCUUAUGCAUCCAACUGUCUUGCAGUCGGUAAAUUUUAAAUCUCAGAGGAAGCUUAGCCUUCAGGUGAUGAAGAAACACACGCGCGUCGAGUACAGCGACACCAGCAGCGAUGAUGAAGAUCGCCUGGUCAUAGAAAUGUAAGGACAAAUUUUGUCAGAACACCUUUUUCCGCUGGCACCCGCUGUCGACACAGUCAAGCGUUACCUAUCAAAGCGACAUCCUAUAUUUCUUCCCUCUGUCAUCAAAUCAGAGAUUACCAGCAGGAUUUAUUUCCUAAUUCAGAAUCCCCAGUUGGAGAACAGCUGCUUACAUUCUGAGUUUUAUAAAAUGCUCGUGGAUCGCGUCCAAUCUCCAAAGGUGGGAUUUCUUCCGGCCCGUUCCCAAUCAUAUUUCACCUUAUUUUGACUCGUAUAUCCAGCUCUGAACAAUGUGACCAAAAAAAAGGCGCAUAGUUUAUAGUCUAAUGAUAUAAUUAUUUUCCUGAUGUAUCUUUAAACCCAAAAGUCAUUCCCGAAGGACUCGCAGAACCGGUGAUAUUACAGGCGUACUGGGGCAGGACCAGAUGAAUUUGCUGUAUCAUGAUUUUAUGUGUGAUAUACUGUCAAAUAUUUUAAGCAUUUGUGAACUUUAACCGCUGCAUAUUAACCCCCUAAUUGCUGCCUAUUACUGCAGAAUGUACAAUGUACUCUCUCCCGAUGUUGUGAAACGUGAGUGUGGUUGGUCGGGUUAAUGACUUUCAGAACCCUGCACGCAUUCCUGUAUUUUUCAGCUGAAUAAUAAUUUAUUUGUUUAUAUUUGUAAGAAAACAAUGGGUUUUGGAGAGAAAAAAGUCAGUGAUAUUUAAGUAAGAUAGUGGUUCCCAACCCAAUCGGCAAGGCAUUCCGAAAUAUUACCAUCGGAAAACGUCUGAAUGCCUGGCUGGAACCCACUGAGGUAAAUGACACAACACUUCUUAGUUGCUUAAUAUAUAUGUUUAGGACCACGGCACUUUCUCAAAGUGUUAUUAAGUGUCGUAUCUAUAGUUAUGAUAUACUGUACUUUUGUGGUCAUAAUAUACAUUGUUUCCUUUCUUUCGAUUGAGUUCAUCAGAAUGGAGUGUUCUUGAUAAGUGGUUUUAUCAACUACAUGGAUUAUAUUGGGUUUAAAGGGGCAUUGUGGUAACGCCAGCAUAGGUUACAUCGUGUAAAAUUUUUUUGCGGAAUCAAGGA